AACGGAUUUGCAUUUUAGAAACGCCAAGAGCAGGUAACUCCGUUCUCCACCAUUGACACCAUUGUGGAGGGUAAAUUAUCCAAUAAAAACGAUGACUUCAUCAACUGGAUACAAACCCCGGUGUUUCAUGGACAUUGAGGUGGACGGAAAGUCAGAAGGAAGAAUAGUGUUUGAGUUGUUUGCAGAUGUUUGUCCAAAAACAUGUGAAAACUUCCGUUCAUUAUGCACAGGGGAGAAAGGAGUCGGUCAGAAAUCAGAACAACCUCUCCAUUACAAGGGAGCCCCAUUCCACCGCGUGGUGAAAGACUUCAUGAUACAGUCGGGGGAUUUCACCAAAGGAGAUGGAACUGGAGGGGAGUCUAUAUACGGAGGAAUGUUUCCCGAUGAGAACUUUGUGGUGAAGCAUGAGAAAGAUUUUCUUUUGUCCAUGGCCAAUCGUGGAAAGGACACAAAUGGGUCCCAGUUUUUCAUAACAACCAAGCCUGCACCACACCUUGAUAAUAAGCAUACUGUUUUCGGACAAGUGAUCUUUGGUGAAGAAGUGGUCAGGAAAAUUGAGAAUUUAGAGACAGAUGAAAAAAGCAGACCAAAGGUUGAUGUGAAAAUUGCCAAUUGUGGGGAAUUAGUUCUUCAAGUAAAAUCUAAAGCUAAAAAGAGAAAGAAGCAGUCUGAAUCUGAAGCCAAGAGUUCUGGUGAAUCAGAUGAGUCAUCUUCAGAAACUGGAAAGGCCAAGAAGAAAAAAAAGAAGCACAAAAAGGAAUCAAAAAAGAAAAAGCAUAAAAAGAGAAAGAAAGAAGAGGAAAGUGAAAAGGAUAAGCAGAAAGAGGCAGAAAUCACCACAGUGUUCGCCCAGAUUCGUCCAGAUGAAAUCCCUGAGGUCCCCCAGCAAAAGUUCUUGUUCAGGGGCAACAGAGAGGAAGAAAUAGAAAAAGAAAAAUCACCACCAGGGUUUGGCAACAGGAGGAGAAUUGACAGGAUUCCCUAUGGGAACCAACCCAAGUUUACACCCAGUGGGAGGAAGCUUAAGGGACGGGGCACAUUGAGAUAUAGAAGCCGGAGCAGAAGUGAAACUCCCCCACACUGGAGACGGGCGAUCGAGUCCAGACUGAGACCAUCCCAAACUGACGAGGUGGAGGAUCAAAGUCAAGGAGAGAGGUGGACAAGGGGAGACAGGAUGGCUGACAGGAGAGACAGACAGCCAAUGAGAGAGAGGUACAUACAGGAAAACAACCAGGAGUCAAGGAGGAGGAGAGAGGACAAACCAGAUAGAAUGGAAGAUGAGAAAAGAUCCAGACAGGAUAAGUCUGACAAGAGACCAAACAGAGAAAGAAAAGAAUCCAUCCGAGAGGAUCGAUCUCCCAAUAGGAGAGAUAGGGAGACAGAUCGAGAGAAAGACAAAGGGAAAAAUAGAAGGCAAGACAGGGAGAGCAAUAAAAGAAAAGACAGUGUUGAGGAUAGAAAGAAGAGACGUGACAGAAGCCCUUCCUCAGACGGGGAAGUGUCUGACGAUUCGUCACCCCCCAGACAGAGGGACAAGGAGAGAUACAAAUCCGGAGACAAGGAAAGGAACAUCAGACGCAGAUCUCCAGGUGAUUCUAGAGAGAGGAGGAACAUGUCUGCGGGUGAUUCUAGAGAGAGGAGGAACAUGUCUGCGGGUGAUUCUAGAGAGAGGAGGAGGGACGUGGAGCAAGAGCGCAGACGAGUAGAAGUCAGCAGACGAAGCCCUCGGAGGACAUCAUCCACGCACAACAGGCGAAGAAAAUCAAGUUCCAGUUCAGCAGAUUCAGAGAGAAGAUCAAGGUCGAAAGAGAAAGUGCCUAGAAGGUCACGGUCAAACUCCAGAAACAAGGGCAGGCGACGAUACAGCUCUAGUAGUGGGUCAAGUUCGCGGUCCAGAAGUGGAGACAGAAGACCUCCACCUGCAAGGAUUAUUAAGAAGAAAUCGGAAAGUCCUCCCCCAACACACUGGAAGCCAGGGCAGAAGCCACUAAACUCUGAAUCAAAAAACAGGGAUCAAUCAAGUUCAGUGAAAGUGAAUGGUAGCCUGAGCAGUUCCAGAUAUAGUGCAGAUAGACGAGAAAUCUCAGAUGAACGGAGAGAACACAGAGAAAAUGAAUUUAGAUCCACCAUCAGAAAAUCUCCAGACGACAAAAGAGCGGACCAUCCUAGUAAAACUAAUGAAGUUCUGCAACAAAGUCGAAUACAGUAUGACUUGGAAAAGAAAGAGGUACCCAUCAAAGCCCAUCCAAUGAAGUCAUUAAAUGACGCUAAACCAAGAAGGUCAAGGUCAUCAAGCAGAUCAAGAUCAGAUUCAGAAAGUUCUUCCUCCAGCUCAGAUGAAUCUGAUGAUAAUGGCACAACUGAGGAACAAAAGAAAGAGAAAAAAGUUGAGGAAAAGUUUAAAUGGCAGCCACCACCUGAGCCGGAGGAGGAAUUUAAGCCCAAACAAAGGAAUGUUCACUCUGAUAAGAAAGAAGAGAGUGUGAGAACACCAGUGAGAAUCAAGACCCCACCAAUGCCUCCAAUAGGACAAGUAGCUGAGGCCACAUCAGAACUAGCAAGGAGGAGUAAUAGAUGGGACAUCCAGACAAGUGACACACAGAGGAAGUUGAGUGAGUCUACAACAAGUCCUGUUGCCAGAAAGUCCAAUAGUCCAACGCUUCAUAAAACUAAACGUUCCUCAUCCGAAUCGUCAUCAUCUGGAUCAGAUAGCUCCAACUCACGCUCUCCAUCACCUACAAGCAAGUUUCUGUAUGGAGAAAGUGAAAGUAAAGUAGUUGAAGAAGCUCCCAAAGCAACCAAUCAGCAGGCAGCUCUGGGUGCAAUGAAUAGGGCUUUGUCGAGCAUGCUGGAUAUACCGAUUCCAGCAGCACCUGAGAAAUCACCAGAGAAACAAAAAGAACCCAAGUCAUCUCUGGAUGAAAGGAUCAAAGACUUUAAUGUCAGUGUGUCAAAAUCGAAGGUGGAAAUAGCAACCCGUAGGUCAAGGUCGGGAAGCUCCAGUUCUUCCUCAUCUGAUGGAUCCAGCAGGUCUAGAUCACCCAAAAAUUCCAAGUCUAGACAAGGGAGGCAAUCAUCAAAAUCUCCCAGAAGAUUUUCAUCAAAAAGAAAUUCUUCAAGGUCACCAGGGUCUGGCAAAAAACGGUCUACAAGUCCUCAGCAAAGUAGAUCAUCUGCAAAUCGCUCUAAAAGUCCACGGAAACUGACAACUAAAAGAAACUCGGUAUCACCUAGGAGGUCAAAAUCUCCAAGACGAAGGUCAAUCUCACCUAGAAGAUCAAGAGGAAGAUCAGGUUCUCCAAGGAGAUUAAAGUCCCCAAGAAGAUCAAGGUCAUCAAGAAGAUCACCACGGAGACGAUCCAUCUCGCCAAGACGAUCCAGAUCACCCAGGAAAUCUAUUUCAUCUCGCAAAAGAUCAGUUUCUCCUCGAAGACGAGCCCCAUCCUAUCGAUAUAGGUCUCCUAUAAGAAGACGGCUGUCUCCCCGCCGUAGAAGUAGGUCAAGGAGUCGAUCCAGGAGACGUUCUCCAAUAAGGCCAAGACAGAGAUCAAGGUCUCGUAGGAGUCGCAGUCGAAGAAGAGGAAGAAGCUCUAGCUCCAGAAGCAGAAGUAGAAGUAGGAAGCGUAGCAGUAGCAUAAGUAGAGGCAGAAAGCGAAGCAGGAGCACAAGUAGGGGCAGGAGACGGAGUAGAAGUAUUAGUAGAGGCAGAAGGCGCAGUAGAAGUCGCAGUAUGAGUAGGCAGCGUAGCAGGAGCAGACGACGUAGUGACAGUCCUAGAGGCAGACGACGAAGCAGAAGUCGACGUCGCAGUAGGAGUAGAUCUUAAAAUUUCAAAGAAAAGUUUACUGUCUUGUGGAUGAAAGUAGGACAUGAGCCAUGUGUGUGAAAAUUUGUCAUUUACUGUUUGUUUUAUAAUACAUGUACAUAAAUUUUGUAUACGUAUCAACUUCAUUGAAUGUGUAAAUCAAUAGAUAUGGUUGAUUUAUUCAACAUAUCCUUUUUGAAAUUUUAUAUUCAUCUUAAUGUACUAAGUAAAGCCAAAACUGUGUGAUGCGAAUUCUUCAUCUUUAACAACAAAUACAUGUACAUUGAAUGAGUCAGACAAAUCUCUGCUAUAUGGACUGCUAGUACUCCCUGUUUACACACUUUAAGCAACCGAAGACGUUUCAGAAUUACUUGAAUUAUGGGAGAAUGAAUACAGCAGAAGCAAAAGUGUUUUUAUCCCAUGCGCCCAUUGCAUUUCAUUAUUUCCCCUUGAUUCAAACACGAUAGAUGAUUUAUUAACUAGAUUUAUAUUUUGUAUUUGAUUAUUCAAUUUCUCUGCAAUAUAACGGUUUGUGAAUUAAGCAUAACACGAAAGAAUUAUGACUCUAGAAUUUCAUGUUAAUUUUGGACAUGCAUCUUCCAGAUUUAUAUCAACAACCAACAAGACUAUGGACAAAUGUACCGGGACUGUUAAAAAUGUCACUGUAUUUUCCUAUCCAUGUAGAAUGAUCUUUUCUAAAGUACAUGUAUGCAUUUAAAACCAUGUUUAUCCUUUUUCUUUUUUUCUUCUUCAUAAAACUAUGAAACACAGAAAUAUUUUAGUUCCUUAUCAGAAGUCUAAAGUCACCUAAUCAUUGAAGAGAGUUAAUGAAAUAAAAUCAAAAUAAUUUCAUUGAUAAGUUUGUCUUUUAGAUCCUUUGAAGUUUAACUCCAUUAUUUAGUCAGAUGUUUAAAUCAAACUUUAAUAGAUGUGUACAUGUAUCUGUAAUUUAUCAAUAAAUAUGACAAGAAACUUCUAAUUUGAAUCAGCAGUGGUUUCAAAUGAAUUUUUAAAAAAAAUAAUUCAUUUUUGUAUGAAAAAUAUGGUUAAAGUUUAACCAUUUCAGUUCUUUGUCCAAUAUCUGUAUAUGUAUGUAAAAGUGUGAAGUGGUAAAGACAGGGAUGUGUGCAAAAUUUAAAAAAAAAAAAAAAAAAAAUAACAUGGAGAAUUUUGUUUUUACAGUUAAAGAUUUAUGACAUCAUGUUCGUUCCUUUGUGUCAUUAAAUAGCAGGAACAAUUUUCAUUAUCUCACAAUUUUUACAAUGACAUGAAUGUUUUUCAAUAAAUUCAUUGAUUAAUGCAA